UCGUUUGUGAGUAUUAUACUGAGUUGUAAUGAAAGUUGUGGAAGUGAAUGCAUUGGCCAAGGCACUGGCUGGUCAUAAAGAUGAGGCAUUCUUCUCUGCAAGUGCUGCUGCCCAGGCUUCAAGGAAGUGCUCCCCAAGGGUUACCAAUGAGGCUGUGCAAAAGGCUGCGGCGGCUGUGAACGAUUCUGACCACCGCCGUGCAACAAAUGUCAGUGCUAGGCUGGAUGCUCAGCAGAAGAAGCUUAACCUACCAAUCCUCCCCACCACUACCAUUGGGUCCUUCCCUCAGACCAUAGAACUUAGGAGAGUUCGUCGUGAAUACAAGGCUAACAAGAUCUCUGAGCAGGAUUACAUUAAAGCCAUUAAGGAGGAAAUCAAAAAGGUUGUUGAACUCCAAGAAGAGCUCGAUAUUGAUGUCCUGGUUCAUGGAGAGCCUGAGAGAAACGAUAUGGUUGAAUACUUUGGUGAACAGUUAUCUGGUUUUGCCUUCACUGUUAAUGGGUGGGUACAAUCUUAUGGAUCUCGUUGUGUCAAGCCACCAAUUAUCUAUGGUGAUGUCAGCCGCCCCAAGCCAAUGACUGUCUUCUGGUCAUCUACAGCCCAAAGCAUGACUGCCCGCCCCAUGAAGGGAAUGCUUACUGGUCCUGUUACCAUCUUGAAUUGGUCCUUUGUCAGAAAUGACCAACCCAGACAUGAGACCUGCUACCAGAUUGCUUUAGCCAUAAAGGAUGAAGUGGAGGAUCUUGAGAAGGCCGGUAUUAAUGUCAUCCAAAUCGAUGAGGCUGCCUUGAGAGAAGGAUUGCCUCUUAGGAAGUCUGAGCAGGCUUUCUACUUGGACUGGGCCGUCCAUUCCUUCAGGAUCACCAACUGUGGUGUCCAGGAUACCACCCAGAUCCACACCCACAUGUGCUACUCUAAUUUCAACGACAUCAUCCACUCUAUCAUAGACAUGGAUGCUGAUGUGAUCACCAUUGAGAACUCCCGUUCUGACGAGAAGCUCCUCUCAGUUUUCCGUGAGGGAGUAAAGUACGGUGCAGGAAUUGGUCCCGGUGUCUAUGAUAUCCACUCUCCAAGAAUACCAUCAACUGAGGAGAUUGCCGACAGAAUCAACAAGAUGCUCGCUGUUCUUGAGACCAACAUCUUGUGGGUUAACCCUGACUGUGGGCUGAAGACCCGCAAGUACGCCGAGGUGAAGCCAGCACUCAAGAACAUGGUUGCAGCCGCCAAGCUCCUCCGCACUGAACUUGCCAGUGCCAAGUGAGAAGGCUCAUUAGACAUUGGAGAAUUCAUUCAUCCCAUACCUAUAUUACUCAGAAGUCAAAAGAAAAGGCAAAAAAUGAUUUCCGUCUCAUCAUUUUAAUAACUGGCUCAUUACCCUGGGGGAAAAGUGGUUUCGCAUUUUGUUUCUUUUAUAAUUGUUUUUCUUUCCCUGUUUUUUUUUUUUUUUUCCUCAGAAUAUGCCUUCAAUCUAAUUGAAAGGCUUACAAUUGGUUAGUGUAUCUCUGUUGGAAUGAAACAUUGUCAUGGUC